AUGUUACUGCACAACUGCAGACGAUCAUCUGCCCUGUGGAACCCACGCCGACCGAUUUUCCUGCGCAAAGAGAUCGAAGCUCCUCGGAGGUCGUCCAGUUACUUUCUCAACUUUAUCAUUCUCUCGCUUCUCAACCCAGUCGAGGCCGCAACCUCCAGUUUUGUCAAGAAGCCUGCGUAG